AUGAAUUUUUCCGUUUCUCUAACAAGUGGAGUGACGUCAAUAGUGACGACAAGUGACAAGAGGCGGGCAUAUGGAGAUGAAGGGAUGUCUAGGGCUGUUCAUCUUCCAGUCCCCUGUCCUGUUCAACUUGGUUCCUUAAGAAAUGACUCCUUGGAAGCUCAGCUUCAUGAGUAUGUCAAACAAGGGAACUAUGUGAAAGUGAAGAAGAUUCUUAAGAAAGUUUUUUUCAGUCGUUAUAGACUAGGGGGCUUUUACGGAAUUUAUGUUGAUGCAGUUAACUCCCUGGGCCAGACUGCACUUUUUGUUGCGGCAUUACUAGGCCUUACGAAGGUAGUUGAUGUUCUGGUGGAUUAUGGAUCAGAUCCAAAUCACCGCUGCUUUGAUGGGAGCACCCCUGUUCAUGCAGCAGCAUUUUCAGGGAAUCAGUGGAUCCUCAGUAAACUGCUGGAUGCAGGGGGUGAUCUUCGACUCCACGACGAGAAGGGUCAAAAUCCACAGACCUGGGCCCUGACAGCAGGGAAGGAGCGCAGCACCGUGAUGGUGGAGUUCAUGCAGCGCUGUGCCUCGCACAUGCAGGCCAUCAUACAGGGCUUCUCCUAUGACCUCCUAAAGAAGAUUGACUCCCCUCAGCGGCUCAUCAGUGGCCCACCCCGGCUUGGUGGCCUCAUACAGGGAAACCCUAAUGGCUCUCCUAACCGACUGCUUAAAGCUGGAGUCAUUUCUGCACAAAAUAUCUACAGCUUUGGCUUUGGGAAGUUUUAUCUCACAGGGGGAGCACAGCUGGCCUACCUGGGAUCUCUUCCAGUAAUUGGAGAAAAGGAAGUGAUUCAAGCUGAUGAUGAGCCUACCUUCUCUUUCUUCAGUGGCCCCUACAUGGUCAUGACCAAUCUGGUGUGGAAUGGGAGCAGGGUCACAGUGAAGGAGCUGAAUCUCCCCACCCAUCCUCACUGCAGCAGGGUUCGGCUGGCUGACUUGUUAAUUGCAGAGCAGGAACACAGCAGUAAGCUGCGGCACCCGCACCUGCUACAGCUGAUGGCUGUGUGCCUGUCCCAAGACCUAGAGAGGACCCGCCUUGUUUACGAGCGCAUCACUGUCGGCACACUGUUUGGUGUCCUCCACGAACGGCGGUCCCAGUUCCCCGUGCUCCACAUGGAGGUGAUUGUGCAUCUGCUGCUCCAGAUCUCUGAUGCCCUGAGAUACUUGCAUUCCCGGGGGUUUAUCCACCGCUCCCUCAGCUCCUACGCCAUCCACAUUGUCUCCGCUGGGGAAGCAAGGCUGACCAACCUGGAGUACAUGAUGGAAAGCCAGGAUGGACGUGUACACAGAGACCUGACUCGAGUGCCCCUCCCAACCCAGCUGUACAACUGGGCUGCCCCGGAGGUGAUCUUAGAGAAGGCAGCCACAGUGAAGUCGGACAUCUACAGCUUUUCGAUGAUCAUACAGGAGAUUUUAACAGAUAACAUACCCUGGAAUGGCUUAGGUGGCUCAGUUAUUAAAGAAGCCAUAGUCUUGGGAAAUUAUUUAGAAGCUGAUGUAAGGCUUCCAAAACCUUAUUAUGAUAUUGUUAAGUCAGGCAUCCAGGUCAAGCAGAAAGACCGAACUAUGAACCUUCAAGAUAUCCAGUACAUUUUGAAGAACGACUUAAAGGAUUUUCUCGGAGCCCAGAGAACUCAGCCAACUGAGAGCCCCAAGAUGCAGAGAUAUGAACUCCAUCCUGAUGUCAAUGUUUGUCUAGGACUGAUGUCAGAACAUUUGAAAGAGACCCCUAACUUGGAAAUAAAAGAGCUAAAGGAAACAGCAGGCAGUCGGCUUCAUUCACCCACGGAGAAAGCAACACCAGAUCCUCAGGUCCUAGAUCCAGGUCUGAUGGCCAAGGAGACUCAGAACCGAGAUGCUGCUUCUCCUGCCUGCUCUGUGAUGGAAGAGGACGCCAGGGGGCCCAGCCCAGGUCAGGCUAGCCUCUGCAGCUUUGAAAUCAAUGAAAUCUACUCAGGCUGCCUGGACAGGGGAGAUAACACGAAGGAGGAGCCCCCAGGAGCUGAUUCAUCUGUUGUGGGAGCUGGACCAAGCCAAGCAGAUGAACUAAAGUCCAUGGAGGAAGAGUUGGAAAAGAUGGAGCGAGAAGCAUGCUGUUUUUAUGAUGAGGACGAGAGCUCUUCAGAAGCUGACACAGAGCUCUCCUUUGAGGACUGGGAUUGGCAAAAUGGUUCUCUUAGUUCACCCAGCCUACCUGAGCUAGCCAGAGAAGCCAAGGGCAAUGGGAGCAAUAGGUGCAUGACCGAGGAGUACAUCAGUAAGUGUGUGCUGAAUCUGAAGAUUUCACAGACAUUAAUGUACCAGAAUGCCGAUUUGCUGAGGAAUACUGAACAGAGAAUUGAUAAACUUGAGAUGAUACAAAAGGGGCAGGAGGAGUACAGGUCUUUGUGGGCUUCUUCAAGAGAGUUUACAAACAUUUAUGACUCACCUUCAGCCUUGGGCCCCCCAGCUUCCACCUAUGUUCCACCUGUCAUGCAGCUGCCGAGAGGCCAGCAGCUGGACACCAGUGGCAAUUGCCAAACCCUGACAAGAUCUUCCAUGGUGAGAGACUUUCAAGGAGGACAUUUUGGCAAAAGGUCCAGGAAAAGAAGUGACUGUGGCUGGAAACCUGUCAUCCAAGUCUCUGAAGAAAGCACUGGGGAUCAGUCAGAGAAGAGCCAUCAGCUGCCAACUUUUAGUGGACCUGGAAAACAGGGCACAAGUGAACAAUCGCAGCCCUCUCAAGGAGCCAAGCACAGUUUGGAAAGAAACAGGAGCCCAAAUACCAGCAGGAUCAGUGUGGAAUCUGUGUCUUCUGAAAUUUGUCAUACAAAGUUAAGAAAUAACGAAGAUGAUGGAGAGGUACACUUAAAAUGGAAAUUGGAGGUGAAAGAAAUGGCAGAGAGAGCAGCCACCGGGCAGCUGGCAGUACCACCAUGGCAUCCUCAGAGUAGUACGACUUUAGAGGAUGAAGCUAAAGAUGAGCCUGAUUCCCUGCUGCAGCCCCCGCUUGGGGACCCUGAGAAAGUGGGUUGGCAGUGCACUGUAGAGUAUCCCAGGGAAAAUGAUGAGUCAAGAGAAAAUGGCAAAUGUAACAAAAUGGGUAACAGUGACUGUGACAGUGACCAGUAUGGCAAACAGCCUGGACCUCAAAGCUUCAACAGUAUCAGGCACCUGUCUCCCAGCAAAAAUGUGUAUCCAGAGCAUAGUGAAGUCUUUCAAGCAAGUUCUGACGCAUCUGUGGUCAUUGAGAAAUCUUACAGUGAUCAGUCCAUGCAAUCAACUUGUUCACCAGAGUCUUCUGAGGAUGUAACAGAUGAAUUUUUAACUCCAGACUAUGAAUAUUUUCAUUCUUCAACUGCUCAAGAAAACUUAGCUCUAGAGACUUCAAGUCCUAUAGAAGAAGACUUUGAAGGAAUACGAGAUGCAUUUGCCCAACCUCGAGGUUCUGGCGAAGAAAAGUUCCAAAUGAGAAAAAGCCUUGGAAGGAAUGCUGAGAUUUUGACCAGGUCUCAAUUCCAACCUAUACGAACUACUGAAGGUGAACAAGAGGAGACAUUAAAGGAAUCACCAAAGGAGCUGAAAGAGAAAGACAUAUCACUGACAGACAUUCAAGACCUGUCUAGUAUUUCCUAUGAACAAGAUGGUUCCUUUAAGGAAGUCUCAUGCAAAACACCCAAAAUAAACCAUGCACCUACAAGUGUCAGCACUCCACUCAGCCCAGGGUCAAGUUCUUCAGCUGCCAGUCGGUAUAAAGACUGCCUUGAAAGUAUCACAUUUCAGAUUAAACCAGGUUCUACCUCAUGCUGGAACAGUCAGGAAUCCAUUCAAACUUCAUCUGAUAGAUUUACAACUGUUCGAGAGAAAGCAAAGAGCCUAGAUUCCUUUCUUACUUCCUCUGAAACUGCCCCUUCAAGACUGACCGAUCUCAAAAGAUUGCCUGCAUUUACUGGGGCCGGUUCCUCCAGCAUUGCUAAGUCACCUGACACAUCAUCCCAUGCCACCCAGAGAAGGAGCCUGCAGAAAGCAUUAGUAGAAGCCAUUUCACAGCAUCAUGUUGAUGAGCUACCACCACCAUCUCAGGAGCUGCUUGACGAAAUUGAGCACUUGAAGCGACAGCAGGCCUCAUCCACAGUGUUGCAGGAGAACACAGCAAGUUAUCUCGGUGUCACUGUAAAUGAUCAAAGGCACUUAGAAGAACAAGAAACUAACAGUAAAAAAGAAGAUAGCAGUAUGCUCUGGACCAAAGAAACUCAGGAUCUAGAAGAGGACACAGAGAGAGCUCACUCUACUCUUGAUGAGGACCUAGAAAGAUGGCUACAGCCACCUGAGGACAGCACGGAGCUACAGGAUCUCCCCGGAGGCUCUACAAGGGAGGCAAAUACCAAGGAUCAAGAAGUUGGUGAAAAGAAGAGAAAAGGGGAAGAAAGCUUCAAGUCAGAGAGAAGGAAAUCAGACAGCUUUUUAGGCAAUUCUGAAGAAGAGGAACUAAAACCCUGUUUUUGGAAGCGACUGGGUUGGUCUGAACCAUCCAGAAUAAUCGUGCUGGAUCAGAGUGACUUGUCAGACUGAUGGGAGUUGGAUCGUACAUGAACUCCUGGCCUGAGUUUGAGCAUCCUGCUUGUGAGCUCCCGUCUCUCCUCAUCUGCUCCAGUCACCAUCAGGGCAGUGAUUCUGUAGCUCACACUUUGUUCAGCUGCCACAAUAGACAGAACGGCUGGCCCUGUCUGCACCGCAGUUAACCAUCUGUUUUCAGUUCAGAUUUCUGAAAAGUGAAAGGUAGCUUUUAUUGUAAAAUUUUCUCAUUGUUCCCAGAAUGGCUUUGGUUUUGGUUUUGUUGGUACAGAUUUUUGAAAACUUUAAUUCCUGUUAUAUAAUAAAAUGUUUACUUUUAAUACCAUUUAGGUUUUAGCUGUGUAAGAUAUUUCUGUGUUUUAGUUAUUGGGAGAGGAACUGCCACCCAAAGAGGCUUCAAUAUCUGUUAUAAAGUUUGACAGAUAAGCAAUGACUGCUACCACCUCUCAUAUAAGCCAGCACCAGUCAUCCAUAUUUUAGAACAGAAAUACUGCCCUCCUCUUGGCCAGGAUUGUCAUAUUCCCAUUCCAGCUAGAAUUUACUUACAUGAUGAAAGUACAGGUCGGAGUAAAAGUCCAAGAUAUUUUGAACCCUUUAAAGUGAAUAAACAUCAUUUCUGAGUAUUUUGGAUUAUAUACCUCACAUCAUUUGUGUCUUAGAGGAGUGAAAUUGUGGGAAGAUGAAGAUCACAACGUUUUCUCUAAUUUAGCCUCUAGUGACUCCUGGGCAGAUGCAUACAUGUGUCUGGCAUGGUAUUUAGAGGAUUGAUAUACCUUCAUCUGCCUCAAGUUUGGAGCUUUUACAUGUGAAUAAAAACCUUUUCUUAGAAGUUAUGUGCUGUUGUGCAGUACUAGCCAGCUACCAGCUAACAUUUUAUUCUUAGCAAGUGAAUGAUAGGUCUUUUGUUUGUGAAAACUGGAUAGUUCCUGUUGAGGAUGGUCAUAUCAUACAGUUUUUAUUAGCACCCCAGAAUUCUACCCUGCACAAAUAAAAUAGGAAGGUACAAAUCUAUUUGACUACUUUGAAACAAGGAAACAGUUGCUUGCCACUGUAACCAGAGCAAAACCAAAGCAAAUUACUUUACAAAUAAUACUGUGUAUAAGAAACUUGGGGGGAUACGGAGACUUGUAAUACAUAGUCCUUCCUCUCAAAAACUUUUAAUUGGUGCAACAAAACCAACAUACAUAAAAAUGUAAGGACUUUAUGUCCAGGACCCACAGGAAAGAAAUGUAUGGAGUGAUAGACAUAUCAUGUUAAGUAGUGAGUUGUGAUAUUACAGCAUUAUCUAUUAGUAUUCAUAAAGGCUAUAAGUCCUACAUAAACUCUCACUGAUGUGGUUUAUAAUCACUAAUAUUGGCCAACAUUAACAAUAAUAAUGUUGGUAGAUAAUGUUUAUUGGUUAUGGAGUAACUGUUAGGUGCCAGGGUUCCAUGAUCUGCCCAAGACUAUACUGGAGCAAACAUGUUUGUAUACUUCACAGUAAAACAGAGUAGCUUUCCCUGAGGCUGUAGUUCGAGAGUGCCCUGCGCACUCUUGGAAGUGAACCAAGAGCAAAUUUAAGUUAAAACUGAUGGUGAUAUAUCCUCUAUGAACUUAGUCCCCAUCCUCACAUCUGUCCGGUGGGUUUGGUGCUGAGUUUUUAGAGUAUGCGGAGUCCUUCACUUUUCCUCAAUAUGUGGAAACAUAAUGAAUACAUAAACGGUUCUAGACACAUAGUAGAUGGCUAAUAAAUUAUUGUUGGCUCACUAUUGAAUGGAAUUUUCCCCUUGGAAAAUUUGAUUAUUAGAAAUUUCCAGAUUAGAUUUUAGUUGCUGUUGUUGUUGUUGUUAUUGUUUUCAAAUACAUAGCUUUUGGCCCUUUUCUGGAUGCUAAUAGUACUGUUUUAUAGGUUGCUAUUAGAAGGGUGUUUUAGUUGUGCCUGGCUGCCUCACUCAGAGGAGCAUGUAACUUGAUCUCAUGCCCUAUGUUCAAGCCCUAUGUUUGGUGUAGAGAUUACUUAAAUAAAUAAACUU